AUGGUUGUUGAUAAGUUCCUAAUUCUAGCUGACCAUAUGUAUACCAACAAAUGUAUAUGUUUGCUUUCAGGCGAAGAUACUGAGGUGUAUAACAUUGGAGGGUUGUGCAUGUUGGUUUUUUGUGUUUUGUUGGUGAUAUUUAUUCUAAUUUGUUUAGUGCAUGUUUUACUUGCAACUCUUUUUUGUGUGUUCUUUUUUGUGUGGUUUCUUCCAUUUUUUAUUUACACUUCUUCUUUGCAUCAUCCUUUUGUGCCUCUUUUUCUUGCUUCUCUUUUUAUAUUUGUCUCCAUUUUGUGUACUUUUUGCACAUAUUUUCUUGUAUUUGUUUCUAUACUAGUAAAUUUGAAUGUCACAAUUAUGGAUGGCUUUUUUCAUGAUUUUUUGUUCAGUUUUUGCACAUAA